AUGGAGUGGUCUCUGGAAUUCACUAACAGAUCUGGCAACCAGGACUUUAUCCUCCUGGGUCUGUCCGCCAGGCCACGCACCAGAGACGUCCUCUUCGCUGCAUUCCUGGCCCUCUACCUGCUGAUCCUCCUGGAGAACACGCUCAUCAUCUACCUCACCUGCAGCUGUUGCGAGCUCCGCAAGCCCAUGUACUUCUUCCUGGGCAACCUCAGCGGUCUGGAGCUGUGCUACGUGUCGGUGACCAUGCCCACGCUGCUCGCGGGGCUGAGGGCGGGUGUUUGCCGCGUGUCCUUUCCUGCCUGCAUGGCGCAGCUCUUUCUCUUCCUGGCCCUCAUCGGUACCAAGUGCACGCUGCUGGCCUCCAUGGCCUACGACCGCUACGUGGCCGUCUGCCUCCCGCUGCACUAUCCACUGCGCAUGCGGCCCCCGGUCUGCCGGGGCCUGGCCGCGGGCUCGUGGCUGGGGGGGCUGGGGGUGUCGGCGGCCCGGACCGCGUGCGUCGCCCGCCUCACCCGCUGCGGGCCGGGCGUCCUCAACCACUUCUUCUGCGACGCCGGGGUCCUGCGCGGCGGGGCCUGCGGGCCUGCGGCUGGGGCGAAGCUGGCCGACGCCCUGGCGGCCGGGGCCGUGGUGGGCGGGUCGCUGCUGGCCGCCCUGGCCGCCUACGCAGCCAUCGCGGUCGCCGUGCUGCGCCUGCCCUCGGCCGCCGCGGCGCGCAGGGCCCUGGCCGCCUGCGCCUCGCACCUGGCCGUCAUGGGCGUCUUCUACUCCGCGGUGCUCUUCGUGGACUCCCGGCCGGGCCGAGGCCACCCCGCUGACCUCAACAAGGUGCUGUCGCUUCUCUACACGGCGGUCACGCCCGCGUGCAGCCCGGUCGUCUACUGCCUGCGCAACCGCCAGGUGCAGGCCGCCCUGCAGAGGGUACUUUGCCGCCGCGUAGGCUCUCGCGAGAACUGACAAGAUCGCGGGAAAUUACCGGCUCUGGAGAGUGGACGAGCCCGCCGGAACACGUGGCCCCGCAGAAGCUCUCCCUGGAAGCAAUGGCCGUGCACGGAUCAUUGCCUUGCAAAGAAUCCUAAUAUGCAGAUAUUCCUGAUGUAAAACACGUGUGUGACUUUCAGUAUCCAGUAGGAGCCUCCAGAAUGUAUUUGCAACAUUAUGAACAGCCUCUUUAAAAAUCAGCAUGAAUUGAGGCCAUACUCUUAAGUGAAAUAUACAGGACACACGUGUGAAUACCGAAUAGUUUCUAUGUUGUGAAAAACUAAAAACGGAAAUAAGGAUCAAAAUGUAUAAUUGAUAUUGCGAAAUAGGAAGAAAAGAUCUAAAG